AUGGGAGCAAACUAGAGUCAACAAUAGGGAUAAUUAGAAAAGAAGAAACUGAGAAAAAGAGAUUAUCUAAUUGGUAUGUGCAUGAGUUAAUUGGCAUCAAAAGAAUCAAAUGACAAUUCAAAGCUAAGAAAAAGUCUAUCUGAAAACAUGAAAUUAUAAAGUCAAGAUAUCCUGACGUAUAAUGAAAUGCAGAUAUUUUAGAAAAAUGAGCGAGGAAGAGAUGCCAAAUAAUCCCAUUAAAAUCUUACAGUAUUUCUUAAAUUUCUUGACAAUACGAGAAUGUUUUUAACUUAAGCUAGUGAACAAAAAACUAAAAUUCAUGGUAGAGAUGAGUAGUAACAUAUAUUCAAACUUUCUUACUUAAUUCUAUUUACGCAAACUACAGCUCAGAUGUUUUGUAGAAUAUGGAUUACAUUAGAGAUUUCUUUCCGUAUACUACUCUCAAUUAUUGAGUAUAGAAACUAACUAAGAUGAAUCCUGGAUUAGAAUAUAUUUGAGUUUCUAGAGAAGCAUGUAAUACUAAAUGAAUAACAAUUAGAUAAUAAAUGAGAAUAAUAGAAGAAGAGAUAUAAAAGACAUUUAAUAUAGAAUAUCCACUGGUUGAUAAGAUCUUAGAAAUAGGUCGUAAUCCAGUUAUGCCUAUUCCUUUAUUGACAGAUGAUAUUCUUAAGUAAUGUACAACUAGCUGGUUUCAAUUAGAAUUGGCUUAAAGAACCACUGAUUAUACAUCUGUUGAAAAGGUUCCAUUAUUAGAUGAAUUAACAGAUAAGAUUUAUUAAGAUUGUUUGUCUAAAUUUGAUUUUUCAAAUAUGAAACACACUUAAUUAUUAUUUGAAUUAAGAUGGGUUGUAAUUGAUAAUUUUCUAAAGGAUCCUACUAUAUUAGAUUCUGAUAAUAUACCUCUUUUGUUAAGAUUCUUACUUUAAAUAUUCAAUUUCAUUUAUUAAAGAUGUUUAUUUAGUAGAAAUGUUUUGAUGAUUACAAAAACAGAAAAAAAUCCAGCUAUGUUUUUAAAUAUGUAUACUAUUUUAUGGGAAUCUUAUGUUGGAAUGAUGUGGGCAUUAAAUAGAGCUUUAAAAAAAAUAUUUAAUAAAAUAGAUUUGAUAUUUGAAGAAUAUUUUACUACAUAAUUUCCUAAAAUUACAUUUACAAGUGCUCUUGCAAGAUUGUGGUCAUAAAUUGUAAUAAAAGGUACUAGAAAUUCAUAAAUGGAUUCUAUUGAAAAUGAAUUAUUUACUUCAUUUGAAAGUCUUUUAAAAUAAAAAAGAGUUGUCUUAUAAUAAUUUUAUAUGAAAGAUCAUUGUACAAAUGAAUAAUAAUUAAUUGGUUAAAGAUCUAAUGAUGAUUAUUUUAAAUAUUGUCCUAGUGCUAUAAAUUGUCUUUUAAAUAAAUUUACUUCUAAUAUACUUGAUUUGUCAUUACAUGAAUAAAGUAUAAAUUGGAUUGGACACUCAAAUGUUAAAGUUGGAUCUCUUUAUGGAAUAAUAUUAGAUAUAGUAAUUUCAUAAGCUAAUGAACUUUAUAGUAAAGCAUCUUAAUAAUUAUCUACUAAUUAUUUAGUUUUCAAAGAUUAUAUUAUAGGUAUAUAUAUCUAAUAUUAAAUUACUAAGCUGAUUCUAAUUUUAUGUAAGAAAUUCUUAAUUAAUGGACUGUAUAAGUUUGUUUGUUACCUAGAGGAAUUGAAUAUCUUUAUGAAAAAGUUAAAAUUAAUCUUAGAUAACAUGUACUUUCAUGUUAAUUAAAUUAAUAUAUAGUAGAAUCUACAAAUCAUAAUUUUGAAGAUAAUAUUUUAGAAUCUAAAAUAAUUGGUAAUAAUUUUUAAUAAUUGUAAUUGAAUGAGCCAGAUGAUUUAACAUAUCGUGUUGAAAGAGAUGAUUCAUUUUUAGAAAAUGUAAUCUGUGAAAUUUUAAAAGAAGAAAAAAUUUCUUAAAAUGAAUAAGAUUAAUCUUAAAUUCCAUUAUAAUCUGUUAUAAAAUAACCUUCAUAUUAUUAAUAUUCAUCUGCUAAAUAAUAAAGUAUUAUUGAAGGUGAUUAUAAUAAAAUAAGAAUGUUAUCAACAUUUACAUCAAGUACUAGAGUAAGUUAGAUUACUCAAUUAACUAGUGUUUAUAGUUAAUAAAUUAUGUCAUCUUAUAAAUCUAAUUUAAAUAUGAAUUAAAUUAAAGAUAUUAAAACUAAAUUAGAAUAAAAUUAAUGGGCUAUUUAUUUAAAAGAUAUAUACAAUAUUGAAAUUGAUAAUAAAAUGAUAAUUGAAAAAAGGAAUAAUCAAAUUUAAAUGAGAAAUAAUGUUAGAAAAAUACCUUAAGAAAUAGAAGAAUAAUUUAAUAGUAAUAUAGAAUUCACUAAAGUUUGGUCUUUAGAAGAUACAAUGUCUUUAUUUGAAACUAAAAUUAAAAUAAAUCAAUAAGAGGGAAUUAAUUAAAAUAGAAAUUUUAGUGAAAUGAAGGUUGGUCAAGGAUUACUUGCCUCUUAUUUCAUUUAAUAAUAGAAAUGA